AUGGCUCCUCGAGGUGUAGCCGACUCCAAGGAGGAGCUCUCUCACUGGCAACGCUUCUACUCAGAGACUACGCCAUUCCUGGCUCUCGGACGACGGGACGUCCACUCAGACCAUGCCAUAAACCUCCCAGCCAGGCCAUUCACGCAUCUAGGCGUCUGGGCCUACAUCGCGUUCGCGUUCAUGCUGCUUGCGGUCACGACUAUCCUGGCGUACAUGAUCUACAGUUGUUGCCACACUGCGAAAGGGAGGGCCGCCGCCUGCGAGAGCAAAGCUGUGGGUCCUGAUGGAAGGGGCUGGGUCGACCUGCCUGGGACAAGGAUGAAAUCGAAGGCUACGAUCUCGGACUUCGAUUCUGGCAAGACCGUCGUCGGCUCGGACGGGGACAUGAGCUCAGAGAAGGUUCGGAGCCGGAGGAAGGCGGUUAUGAACAUCGUUGAGAUGAAGGGAUUGGCGGUCAGCUUUGGACAUCGGCGAAGAGAGUCCGAGAGCAGCCACCAGAUGAUCCAGAUGUCGCAGCCGAACAUUUCCCAGACGUCUCUGACGGCCAAUGGCGAUUCCUUCGAACUGGAAUACCCUUCUCUUACGGCUCUCCCUCUAGCGCAUACCACAGAUCGUGCGGCGACUUAUAUCCCUUUCCAUCUCCCACCACCUCCACCGUCGCCUACUCCGGCCCACAAGCAGCACGUCGAGCGGUACCGCGGUAGCAUACAACUCUCUCCCGUGUCUCCAUCCCCUUCCUAUAUGACAGGGGACACUUCGCCACCGCCGCUCGCUCCACGCUCUAAUAUCUCGGCCGGACGUUCUCGUGCGAAUACCCAAACCAGUCCCCGGGACCACCGCGAAGAGGAGCCUCCAGUAGAGUUCGACUCGCAUAACAUCCGCUUUGCGCCGCCGCUCAACCCGUUCAUGACUCAGUCCGCUGCCAUGCUCUGGAACGACCCCAAACUGUCGCCUAUAAACGGGUCGAUCAUCACUCCGACGAGUUCGAGCUGGAUGGGGAGCAGUUCACCGGGAGGCAGCAGCCCUUCGACGCCUCCGGUUGGCCAGUCGCCCUUGGCCAUGUAUCGAGGGGACUUCACCAUUGCCCCUGUUCCGCAGGAGAAGAAGCGAGGGAGAGUCAUCUCCCCAGUCCCGCCUGGGAGAGCUCGUGCGAUAACUUGUCCGCCUGCUAUACGCCCGAGCCCUGGUCAUUUCUAG